UGCGCAGGUGCGAACCAAACCCGCGCAUGUCAUCAUGUCGAGUGUACCUCUCAAUCCUGCCAAAAACAAAUGCAUUUCGAGUGUUCCUUUUUUAAAAUUAUAAAUUCAAACGUUGUUCUUUUCUUUUUUUCGUUGAUAUAUGGCUUUUUUGUGCUUGUGUUGGCGUCCGCAUCGAUUUUCGUAAGUUCCAACAAAUAAAAUUUGGAGCGUCGAUGCUAUAAACUGAGACGUUUUAAAGCCAAAAUAAAUUGGCAUUCGCAAUUUACAACCAAAGGAAGAACGGUACGAUGAACGAUAUCACUAUAAAUUAUACAGACCUUACUACAACAACUGAAAAGUCACAGAACGACUCCCACUUGUUAAACAUUAUCGAUAACAAAUGGAUCCAGUCAACGUUCUGUGUGAUCUACACCGUGAUCUUCGUCCUUGGACUACUCGGGAACAUCCUCGUUUGCUUCGUCGUCGCCAGGAACAAAGCCAUGCAGACCGUCACCAACCUCUUCAUCAGUAACUUGGCACUCUCCGACAUUCUGCUCUGCAUCUUCGCCGUCCCCUUCACACCGCUAUACACUUUCCGCGGUGCCUGGAGCUGGGGUUCCCUCCUUUGCCACAUUAUGCCUUUCGCACAGGGAUGCAGCGUAUACAUAUCCACGUUGACGCUUAUGUCUAUAGCUAUCGAUAGAUUCUUUGUAAUUAUUUACCCGUUCAGACCGCGGAUGAAGAUUGAGACUUGUUUGAUCGUCAUCGUCAUGAUUUGGACCUUCUCUGUCAGCGUCACAAUGCCGUACGCUAUCUUCAUGACGUACUACGAUCUAGAAAUAGGCAGAUUUUGUGAAGAGACGUGGCCCUCGGAACACUUGCGGCGAUUGUUCGGCUCAGUAACGUCUGUGUUACAGUUCGUAUUGCCUUUUAUUGUGAUUGCUUUCUGUUACACGUGCGUCAGUUUUAAAUUGAAUGACAGAGCCAAAGCGAAGGCCGCCAGCAAAAAUUCUCGCAAAGAGGAACUUGAUAAAAAUAGGAAGCGACGGACGAACCAGAUGUUGAUAGCGAUGGUCACUAUAUUCGGAUUGUCGUGGCUACCUCUGAACGUGAUCAACCUGUGCAAUGACUAUUACAUGUACGCUAUACAUUUGAAGUAUUAUUACUUGAUAUUCUUUAUUGGGCACGUUAUUGCAAUGUCUUCGACUUGCUACAAUCCUUUCAUUUACGCGUGGAUGAAUGAGAAUUUCCGAAAGGAGUUCAAGCAACUGAUACCUUGCAUUGAUUCAUCUGCAAACUUGAGAGGGAACAUUCCCUUGGACCAGUUGGGAGUUGGUCCGUCUGAGAAAACUUUUAAUGGAAAUACGACGACUGAUAGUUACUUGGGCUCUAGUUCCCAGCGGGCGACUUCCUUUAGACACAAAAGGAAGCCUAGUGCGGCCGCGGACGUGGAAAAAAGUGGAGUGGAAUUGAAUGAAGAUUUAUUGAAUGUAGAUGUGAAACAUUGUCAUAUUUCCACUAGCUAUAACCUUCGGAGGGAGUCGGUGAAGCUGCGCCUUAUCAAUGAGGAGUCAUUUGACGGGACGCCGACGCAAAGUCAAUUCUAACAGUUGAUGUCACGGGUGCGACGAUGGAAGCGUUCCCAACUUUGAAAAAACAUAUAUGAACUGUAGAUAGAUAUAAGAGUACCCGAUAUUUUUGGAGUGACUUUAUUUUUUACUGAUGAUAUCUUUACUAUUGCACAAACGACUACUGGAAUACGCUUAUCAAUUUAAAUAACCUUUAGAUAAUAAAAAAAAUAUAUUUUUAAUUUAAAAUCAAUUAUGAAUUACCCUAUUCGUGAUCAACAAGGGUUGACCUUGAAUACUUUUACAGAAGUACGAAAAUUUGUAUGGACAAGAUUUUCGUAUUAUUGUAAUAUCCCCAAUGCCUUUUAUACUGCCAUAGUGGUGUCCCUAGAAUCUGCUAGUGUAAUAAUUAAUUGUGAUCUACUAAACAACAAGAGCGUAAAUUUGUUUAUUCUAUUACUCUGCAAUUGGAUAGUUGCUUAACUAUCUAAAACGCCUCUUUUCGAACAGUCUUCAUAUUUUUAUAAUAACUAUCGUGAGACAUACUAAAUUGAAUAAAAAUCACAGUUUACUCACGUAGAUUACAUAAAUCAGUAAGCCGCGCGACGUCGCCGCAUUCGUGUUCGCUGCUCAUGAUGAAGAGUCCCUCUGUGACUCGAAAGUAGUAGAGCUUUUCUC